AUGGUUGCGGAUCUUAUGUCAGAGAGAGAGGCAAUGAUGAAGUUACGAGAAAGACUCUUGAUUAUUGCUAGCCAAGAAAGUAGCUCGUUCAUCCAGCGAAAGAAAUCUCAAAGAAUGCUCAAAUUACAGCUAAAGAAGAUGCAGCAGAAUUAUACAAAACGAUAUUAUGGUAAGGAAUCGGAGAGCGACGAUGACGACACUACUACAAAUGACUAUAGCAGGGAGCAUUAUUAUGUAACAAGGCGACUGAAGAGAAGAAAUCGUAAUGGUCGAUAUGGUCAACGAUCAGCUUCUAUUUCAUCAAAUGGCCUACUCGAUAAUUGUAAUACUGAAAAUCUUCCGCCGUAUAAAUUAAGUCAUAAUCGCUUACCGAAAAAAACCUUAAUGAAAUGGAAAGAUUCCAAUAUAAAUUUCACUACAGAUUGUGUAUCAAAUUUUAGUGAUGAUGGAAGUGAUAGCUCUUGCCAAUACUCAAAAUUCAUAGAUAGUACAACUUCAGGAAAGAAGCUUUUGCAAUCACGCGUGAUUGUGGAUGCUGGAUCAGAAAUAGAAUCAGAACCAGAACUAAUUCAAGAUUCAUCAUCCGUAACGGCAACUGAGAAUGGAAUGAACUUUUCUUCUUACGCUUGUGGUGUGAAUAGACAUACAGAUCAAGAAGUUAGCAAAUGUAAUGAAUUUGAAGAAAUGGCAAAUGAAGCGGCAAAUAAUCAGCAAGGAAGGGCUCAAAUGUCGAUUGCAAAGCUUAAUAAUUUGUCUAGACAUUCUACAAUUACAUCGAAUACAACUAAUAAUAAUAUUGCAAAAACUACGUCUAUUACAGUCGAUACGGAAUCACACCAAGAAGAUAUAAAUCAAGUGAAAGCGAAGCAUGGUCAACUUAAGCGUUUAAGAAAGAUAUUCAAAAAAUCGGUACCAUUAAGACUACUUUCCCUGUUCCGAUCGACUCUUUUCUCUGUUGAUAACGAAGCUAGCAAUAAGGACAAUUCUAGAAGCGAUGGGUUUUCUUCAGGCACUGAUAGUCUGGAUUUUCAUUUAUUUUCUUGUAUGGGAAAAUCUGAACAAGAAAUGCAUAAUUCAAACGAAUGUUUAAAUACGUGUUUAUAUCAUAACCAGCUAUCUCCGGUUUUGACACCCAUUUAG